GUGAAAAAGGUCAGUUGAAAACAUCCAACUUGUGUGGAAGACAAGAGGGGAAAGAGGAGGGGGACAUCUCUCUCACUUCCCCUCCACAGACCCAAAUCUUCAAAAUUAUCCAAAACCACCUUCCCCCAUCUCUCUAUUUGCCAUAUCACCUCUCUCUUAUUAGCCCAAAUCCUCCCCUCUUAAACCACCGGCAAACACCACCCAACCAUGAUAAUUAACUUCUCUUCUUCUCCUUUAUCUCCUUCCUCUUCUUUUCUUAGAUUUUCUACCUCAAGGUCACCCAUUUUUUAUUCUUCUUCUUCUUCUUCUUCUUUGAGACCCAAAUCCCAGUUCUCUGAGUUUCUUCCCUCAUCACACCUUCGUCUUCACUGCAAGAAUCACCUUUUCAGUAAAUUCGCAGUUGGUGGAAGAAAGCUUGAUUUCAGGUCAUGGGCUGUUUCUGGAUUUGACUUUGGUAGCUUGGAAUCUGUUUUAGAGGCAGCUGGAGUUUUGACAGCUAUAAUUAUUGUUCAUGAGAGCGGUCACUUCCUUGCUGCUUAUCUACAGGGUAUCCAUGUAAGUAAAUUUGCUGUUGGGUUUGGUCCAAUUUUAGCUAAGUUCAAUGCAAACAAUGUAGAGUACUCUGUUAGAGCUUUUCCUUUGGGAGGGUUUGUGGGUUUUCCUGAUAAUGAUCCUGAGAGUGAUAUUCCAGCAGAUGAUAAGAAUUUGCUCAAGAAUAGACCAAUAUUGGAUAGGGCGAUAGUGAUAUCAGCUGGUGUUAUUGCCAAUAUUAUAUUUGCAUAUGCCAUAAUCUUUGUUCAAGUAUUAUCUGUUGGUUUGCCUGUACAAGAGGCCUUUCCUGGUGUGCUUGUGCCUGAAGUUCGAGUUUAUUCGGCAGCUUCCCGAGAUGGGUUGCUUCCUGGUGAUGUUAUUCUUGCUAUUGAUGGUAUUGAAUUGCCCAGAACGGGGCCAAAUGCAAUCUCUCAAGUUGUUGAUACCAUUAAGAGAAAUCCCAAUAGAAAAGUGUUGUUUAAAGUAGGGAGGGAAAUGCAGAAUUUUGAAAUUGGAGUAACCCCAGAUGAGAAUUUUGAUGGAACUGGUAAAAUUGGAGUUCAAUUAUCUCCAAAUGUAAAGAUUACAAAGGUUAUACCGAAGAAUGUGUUGGAAGCAUUUAAUUUUGCUGGUGAAGAAUUUUGGGGUUUGUCAUCAAACGUUUUGGAUAGCUUGAAACAAACUUUUUUAAACUUUUCACAAACAGCUAGUAAGGUUUCAGGUCCAGUUGCUAUUAUUGCUGUUGGGGCAGAAGUUGCAAGGUCAAAUAUUGAUGGACUUUAUCAAUUUGCAGCUGUGCUCAAUAUAAACCUUGCAGUGAUUAAUCUUUUGCCUUUGCCUGCUUUAGAUGGAGGCUCUUUAGCUUUGAUUCUUAUAGAGGCAGCUAGGGGUGGGAGAAAGCUUCCUUUAGAAAUAGAGCAGCGAAUUAUGUCAUCAGGGAUCAUGCUUGUUAUUCUACUUGGGUUGUUCCUUAUCGUUCGCGAUACACUAAACCUCGACUUCAUUAAAGAUAUGUUGUGAUUACUUGCAAGGGUGUUGAAUUCCAGAAAUGUGUACACUGAUAUGAAGCCAUAUACUCAGCUGCUUGGUUGCUGUGAUGCCUGACAAUGGUAAUGCUUAACAUGUUUGGUUCCCUUCUCCCUCCGAAUGAGUUAUAGAGAAGGUACUUAUGGCUUCUUAUUCGCAAUUGGUCACGUCCUCUGUGAAUCAUUUUUAUUAUGUAAUGACGAUCUUAAAAUGGGUUGUAAAAUCCCAUGCUCAAAAUCUAUGGAGAUGUCUAUAACAGUUACAUUCUUUUGUAAUUGAUCCUUGGGAAACUCAUAUUUGCAGUUGAUAUCCAUGAUGGAUUUAGAACAAAGAGUCUAUAACAGUUGUGUGAAGUUUAACAGUUUCUUCUUUGGUCUUGCAUGUUAGAGUCAGUUAAACAUAUUGGACUAAACUCAUGAUUUCAUUCGUGUAGCAGGUUCUUAUGUGUAAUGAUAAAAUGUAUUAGUUUCUAGUCCAA